AUGUCCCUUUUGGGUUUGUACCCAUGCAAUAAUAUCUCAGCUCCAACUUAUUUGUCGUUCACGUCGGCUUCGACGACAAUAUUAUCAUCAAUUGUCGCCAUUGUGGGCAACUUUUUAGUGGUCGUUGCCGUUCUCCUUGAUUCCAACAGAGACCUUCGUUCGCCAUUCAGCUUCUUCGUUGCCAAUCUGGGACUGGCAGAUCUAAUUGUUGGGCUUGUAACCGCACCAAUGGGUACCAUAUACCUAAUCUCCGAAGGGCUAAAACGUGUCGAGAAUUUGCAAGGAUUCCGGCGGUGGAUGCAUGUAUGCUACUUCAUUUCCUGUUCUGCCUCUCUGCUCAGCCUAACAGCCUUGGCGUUAGACCGAUACGUUGCUAUCACAUAUCCUUUGCAUUACCGAAGCAAACUGAACCCAACAAGAGCUUUGUUUAUCUCGUGUUUGAUUUGGAUCACUUCGAUCCUCCUGUCCUUAAUCUAUUUCAUCGUGGGCUACAACAGGUUCCGGUUUGUCUUUGCAAGCACUGCUGUUGCGGUUACUUUCGCGAUGCUAAUUUUCACGUUCGUGAAGAUUUUCAAGUAUUUGCGACAUCAAGUCCGUCACUGGGACAGUUUACACGACAGUACAGAGGAGAACGUCGUCACGAAACAAGCCACGAAAAGAGAAAAGAAGAUUACAAAGACGCUGUUGAUUGUCCUUUUGUUAUUUUUAGCGUGCUACGUGCCUUCGUGUGUAUGUAUCUACAUCGUUAACUUUUGCUAUACUUGCGACUGUGAGUUUAUUCACUGGGUAAGAGACAUCCAGUUUGUUCUUGUGAUGGCAAACUCUGGUGUGAAUCCAUUCGUAUAUGCGUGGAGGUUAAAAAAUUUUCGGAAGGCUUUUAAGAGUAUCCUAACGUGCCGUGCAUUUCUAAGGCGGCUCAGGUCGGUCUCAGUGAAUCUUCAAUUGUCGACUGUGCGCACAGUUAAUAACACCGUCUCAAGCGAUGGCAGUAUUGGAAGAGUUAAUCCAACAGUACAGGAGUAGCAAAGCUUAAUUAAACUUAACUCGUAGCGUCGAAAAGGGUAAUUACCAAUUUUAAACAUUUUUGGAAUGGAGACUUCAUUUACGAUUCAUCAGUUUAAAGGUCAUCAUAUAACCAGGGUCAAUUAGCAUUGUAUUUCUUAAGAAAAUUCUGAGAGAACCUCUGGUAACAUAUAUUCUACUUUUGAUGUACCCAAAGAUUGUUAUAUUUCUAUGAAGGCAAUUUGUACUUUGAUGGAUAGAUAGUGAUAAAGCCAAUAUUAAAAAAACAUAUAAAGAACAUUGCCCUUGAUCACUUGAAUGGAGCCGAGAUCGGCCUUUACAAAUUUCAGCAAUUCCACAACCUAUCAAAUUACGAACAUCAGGAAGCCUUGAACUUUAAAUAGGUUUUCCUCCUUGUCGCUGUGUUAAUAAGCUGGGUAAUCAGCGAUUUACAUGGUCGUUUUUUAAUAGUGUAGAUGAUGACGAUGUGGCUCUUAUUAUUCACUAUUUUCAGGUCGAUUUGGACUUUCGUAAUACAGCUAAAUUUCCUUACGUCUACUUUGUAUGAAGUCAGGAACUCCCCCUUUUUUUUCGCAGCUUCGUAGAAGAAAAUAAAUUCAAACUCCUUUAUACGACACCAAGUCCUUGAGCCUAAAGUUCGACGCCAAUCAAUGCAAUGGGUAACUCAGUUGCCCUGGGAAGUUGAAAAAUCCCCGUUUGAAUCAAAACCAUACUUUUAGUUAUGAUUAAGUUUUUUAGCCGAAAGAUCCGGCACCUUCUCCACGUGAAAAGUUAAGUAUAACUUACACAAAAUAAAAGGGAACCCUCCCAGAGUAGUAUUCAAUUACUUUUUUCUCACAGGCCCACGAUCAUUCCAACUGAAAUCAUUCUUCUGUUGUUAGCACACGGCAUCCUGAAAACGCUCGUCAGACGAAUCUUUGUAAACAUAUCGCCAAGGUUUUCUGUUGGUGCUUUACACGCACUGAUAUUUGACGUUCAUAACUAGCGUCCUUUGGCAAUGCAGGUUCCUUCUUGCCGUUUGUGCGCGCGUGUAUCGCAUGAGCUGUAUGAGUUCUUCUUGACUCCAAAGAAUGAUUCAACAGCUCCUUUCACCGCCAUGGCAUCUAAUCUAGAUCUCGACAUGAAAUUCUCUGAGACAUAAGUACUGCUAUGUUUUGUCCAGGUUUUUAUGAGGUGAGGGGUAGGAUAUUACUUACCCUUUCCGUAAAAGUGCUGCUGCUGUAAAUUUUUGUUUUAUUGCAAGUUGCUUUAUUUUGGUUUGUUUUUGGAAAUGGGAGUGUCAUUCCAAUCCAGGGUGACCAACCUUAACUGCAGUUCAGUUUAGUAAGUUAACUGUAUGAAAUAGCUUGGAGUUUCUGUUUUGUUUACAUUAUCUUUUCCAGUCUUUUCCUCCUAUCUUAAGGCUCUAUACAGCAACGUCAGAUACGUUUUUCAUGCAAAAACUCUCUUUACGAGGAUGGCCCUUAAAGGUCAUUCUAAAAUGUCUUCCCACGGAUGUGAGGUACAUGCAGCUCAGCGAAGGGAAUAGUGUUAAUGGUCAUUUGUUAGUUGAGAAGAGAUACAGAGGGUUUAAUGACCAGGUGAAUAAUUCAAUUUUGUUUUUUUGUUUGUUUGUCUGUUUUGUUUUGCUUUUUUUUUUUUCAUUUAGGCGCUGUCGGAAGGAAAAUCUAGAUCUACAGAGAAACUGAAUCCCUAUCUAUGCCUUGCGUGUUCUUAAUUUAAUGAUGAAAAUUUUCCUACUGACGGGCAAUGUCGUCUUGAAAGAAGUUAUUUCAGUAAAAUUCUCACAUUCACGACGUGUAAUAAAUCACCUGAUUGAAUAGAUGUACAUUGCUAUCCCAUUUUAUGGUUUGAUACUAAAGAUCAUUGAAGCAUUAGAUGUAGAAGUACAGUUUUAAAAUUAGCUCCAAGCGGCUUAAUGUGGUCAACAAUUACUAAUUUUUCAGUCAGAAUUUGGGAAAUGAGCUGUUCCAGGAUUUAAAAUGGUUCGUUUGAGUUCCAUCAAUAAGCAACAUGCCGAGUGCAAAUAAUUUUAAGGUGAUAACGUGCCAAAUUUAAAACGAAAAAAUUGAAAAUCGGUUGAAAAUCGGUUGGUUGAAGCAUGAUGCUGUUUCGAAACUAAGGAUAGUUCAUGCGAAACUGGUGCUUUAAUGGCUAUUUGAAAUUCCUUGCAUAUCAAAAUUGCUAUUUUCGAUAUCUUCCUUUAUGAAAAUCGAUAGUUGCGAUGGAGGUUUCAAUAGUUCUCAUGAAUUCUAUUGAAUGACUAAUAAUUGAUGUUGCGUGAUGGAGAGACAUUUCACGCGACCUCUAGAGAGACAAAUAUUUUAAUUGUUUUAUACGGAAUCAGCACCAUGCGGAAAUAAGCUACUUGAGUACUGUUUAGUCUUGUUAUUGAAUCAUAACACAGCCGUUUAUCUCCACAGAAUGUCCCUUUUGGGUUUGUAUCCGUGCAAUAACAUCUCAGCUCCAACUUAUUUAUCAUUCACCUCGGCUUCGACGACAAUAUUAUCAUCAAUUGUCGCUAUUGUAGGCAACUUUUUAGUGGUGGUCGCCGUUCUCCUUGAUCCCAACAGAGACCUGCGUUCGCCAUUCAGCUUCUUCGUCGCCAAUCUGGGACUGGCAGAUCUUAUUGUGGGGCUUGUCACUGCACCAAUGGGUACCAUAUACCUAAUCUCCGAAGGGCUAAAACGUGUCGAGAAUUUACAAGGAUUCCGGCGGUGGAUGCAUGUAUGCUACUUCAUUUCCUGUUCUGCCUCACUGCUCAGCCUAACAGCCUUGGCGUUGGACCGAUACAUUGCUAUCACAUAUCCUUUGCAUUACCGAAGCAAACUGAACCCAACAAGAGCUUUGUUUAUCUCGUGUUUGGUUUGGACCACUUCGAUUCUCUUGUCCUUAAUCUAUUUCAUCGUUGGCUACAACAGGUUCCGGUUUGUCUUUGCAAGCACUGCUGUUGCGGUUACUUUCGCGGUGCUAAUUUUCACGAACGUGAAGAUUUUCAAGUAUUUGCGAUAUCAAGUCCGUCACUGGGACAGUUUACACGACAGUACAGAGGAGAAUGUCGUCAUGAAACAAGCCAUGAAAAGAGAGAGGAAGUUUACAAAGACACUGUUGAUUGUACUUUUGUUAUUUUUAGCGUGCUACGUGCCUUCGUGUGUAUGUAUCUAUAUCGUUAACUUUUGCUACACUUGCGGCUGUGAGUUUAUACACUGGGUAAGAGACAUCCAGUUUGUUCUUGUGAUGGCCAACUCUGGUGUGAAUCCAUUCGUAUAUGCGUGGAGGUUAAAAAAUUUCCGGAAGGCUUUUAAGAGUAUUCUAACGUGCCGUGCAUUUCUAAGGCGGCAUAGGUCAGUCUCAGUGAAUAUUGAACUGUCGACAUUGAGCAUAGCUAAUAACACCGUCUCAAGUGAUAUCAGUGUUGGAAGAUUUAAUCCAACAGUACAGGAGUAG